AUGUCUGGACCAAGACCCGUGGUGCUGAGCGGCCCCUCCGGAGCGGGGAAGAGCACUCUGAUGAAGAGGCUGAUGAAGGAGCACGAGGGCAUCUUCGGCUUCAGCGUGUCACACACAACAAGAAACCCACGACCAGGAGAGGAACACGGCAAAGACUACCACUAUACUACCAGAGAGGUCAUGCAGGACGGAAUUGACAAAGGAGACUUCAUCGAGAACGCAGAGUUCUCCGGCAACCUGUAUGGAACAAGUAAAGCGGCCAUUCAAGACGUGAUCGACAAGAACCUGAUGUGCAUCCUCGAUGUGGACAUCCAGGGAGUGAGGAGGAUCAAAGAGACCGAGCUGAACCCCAUCUACAUCUCCAUCCAGCCCCCCUCCAUGGACAUCCUGGAGAAGCGUCUGCGGGACAGACAGACGGAGACGGAGGAGAGUUUACAGAAGCGUCUGGAAGCAGCUCGCAUCGACAUGGAGCUCAGCAACGAGCCAGGGGUGUUUGAUGUGGUCAUCAUCAACGAUGACUUAGAGAGAGCUUACGAGGAGCUGAGAGACAUCCUCAGUGACGAAAUCCAGAAAGUGAAGGAGGUGAAAUCAUAAGGAGGGAAAUCUUUCUGCUGUUGUGACUGGCCUGAAUAACUUCAUCUACACCGACUGCAUCACAAUUUCACAGAUACACUUGGUCUUUAUCAUCUAAAAGUUGGCCCUCACCUCACACCAAUAUGAAGCACACAUCAUUAUCCCCAGUCAGAACAUCACUGCAAAGAUAUGACACUUUCAUUAGUUUUGUUGUAUUCUUGGUAGAAAUGAAUACACUCGUAGUUAAGUACAUGACUGUAAAACUACUAUUAUAUUAACUAAAUAUUUACUGCUGCCAAUGUCUUAAAUAUGGAGGAACGUCGAGAUAAAAUGACUGAAUUUAAAACAUUCGCAUGUAAGUUUGUGUUAAAAAAGGCUGAAUAAAGAAUGUGAAGCCAACCGGA